AUGGACCUAGGCAGCUCAUUUAACGACGAUGACGACUCAUUCUUUUACGGUUGUCUCAACAAAACGAUAUCGAUCACGACGAUACACGAAUCUCUAGGCCUGUUUAGCUUGACCAACAAUAAUCCCAAGAAACUCGCUUUCUACACGGACGAAUCCGACUGUCUUCAUAAGAGAAUCAUUCAGAUUGCCAAAUCCUUCAAAGUCCCAUACAAUGGCAACCAAGGACAACUAUUAGCCGAGUUGGCCAAGGAAAAUAGUUUUUCAGAGCAACUCGACGAGUUGGAAGUUCAAUAUGGGCAUGCGGUUUGGGGAAGAACGCAUGAUUGGCAAAGUCAAGCCACAGAUCCAUUCGACUGGGACAGAGAGGAAGACCGAAAGAGAAUUCGUUUCUUUCUGCGAUGUUGGAUCGUGGGUUAUGCUGUGAGAGAUACUGGUACAAGUUCGCGUAAAGGCAAAGCAAAGGGCAAGGCUAAAGUAGAAGACGACGAGUAUUCGGAUUCUGGGGUACCAACAACACCCCUGAUCACGAAGACUAGCGCUCCAUCAGACCUACCAAACUCCGCCACGGGAACGCGGCUGUUCCCUAUCUUCAAUAAGUCUCCCAAGGGAGUUAGGUCCACACCAGGAAACUCUGGAUUGGCUUCACCAAACAAGAGGAAAUCUACAGACGGCAAUGGAGGAGAAUCAUCCAGAAAGACACCUAAGGUAACCAAGGGCUCAUGGACAGCUCCAGUCGAUAAAUGCUCCGGUCUGGGAUCGCCUGGCAGAGCGUCUUCGGGCCGUGCCCAUUCGUCCCGUCGUUUCGAGGAUCAGGGACGAGGGGAGGCUACACGCGAUACUGCACAGAUUUUUAUACUCUCCCCAGAAGGUAGUGUUGAAUCUGAGGAGACGUUGGAUGUAGAUGAGUCUAUAAGAGAGGCCAGAGAACUGUUCUCACCAACUUUUCCAGCGACCGGAGCCGAAUACGUGCAUGAGGAUUAUGAGCCAUGCAUUGCUGGUCCAUCAGGUACUUAUCAUAACUCUCGGGUACAGGACUCUGUCAUCCCAAGUGAUACUCAAAAUGAUCCGCCCACGCCUACACAAGAAACGGCCGAGAUCGAUCAAGCGCCCGUUCAAUACUUAGACAGCGAGAUCCCCAAACGCGUGAUGGAGCCGCCCGAAGCAACUCUGGUCAAUCAGUACCCUUGUCGAGAGCGACAGACUCGAAGAGAGCUUUUUAGACUUCUUCUGGCGUAUCUUAAUAAUAUUGAUCAAUUCCAUCCCGAAUCAUACGACCAUGAUGCGGAGAAGUGGAUGAACACACUACUUUCCAGCUUCUGGCUCCAGGAUAUUACAAGCUUACAGGCUAAUGUGGGUGCAAGAUUUACACAACUUGACCUCGCUUUGACGACCUGGAUGGAUAUGCGUACUCGUCUUGCCGAAUUUCGGAUUGUCACUGGCUACUUUGGUCCGCCUGACGCGCAAUGGGAAGCACAUCUGAGGGGAAUACAAGGAAAGCAGGAUCAUGCACAGGCUUGCAUCGCGUUUGCGAAGCUGAAAGAUGUCUUGGAAGAGGAGCAUAUGAAGGCCAUUCCACAUAUCGACGAGGUAGCUUUCAACGAGGAUCUGGCGAUGGCGUUUGAUCUUCUGACAGACGUUAAGGGCUGCAAUGGAGCAGAGGCGUUCAAGGGGUUGUCGGAUUUUAACAGAGCGCUCUUUGAAUGGUUCUUCUAG